CCACCUAUAACAGGAAGAGCUCACCUGUAUCUCAACACACUGAACACACCUGUGUUGAAUAGGACCGGACUAAACACUUUUUUUCUGCUUACCUGGUUCUGAUUACUCACAGGCAUGGCUUCCCUCAUGUCAGAGGAGCAGUUCCAGUGCUGUAUCUGCCUGGACAUCUUCACCAACCCCGUGUCCAUCCCGUGCGGUCACAACUUCUGCCUGACCUGCAUCAAAGGCUACUGGGACACCCGCGAGCGCUUCGAGUGCCCCCUCUGCAAGGAAAGCUUCCUCCGUCGGCCAGAGCUACGCAUCAAUCGCGCUUUUAAGGACAUCACUGAGCACUUCCAGAGGUCCCUAAAGGUCAAAGCCCAGCAGGCAGAUGAAGGCGAUUAUCAAGAUAUAGGAGUAUUAGCGUCACAGUGUUCACCAGGGCUCGGUCCUGAGCCCGAUGCAGUUUCCUGCGAUGUCUGUACCGGGACGAAGCAGAGAGCUGUUAAGUCCUGUCUGGUAUGUCAGGGGUCGUACUGCGAGAACCACCUGGGGCCUCACCAGAGAGAGCCGGCCCUCCAGAGGCACAGGCUGACGGACCCAGCAACCUUCGCCACGCGAGGCCUGUGCCGGAAGCAUGAGAGGCCCCUGGAGCUGUACUGCAGGAACGACCAGACACCGGUGUGUGUGAGAUGCAAUGAGACUGACCACAAGGGCCACAACACUAUCCCUAUGGAGAGAGAGAACAAGAAGAUGAGGACUCAGAUGAAGAAGACUGAAGGAGAUUUGUUGAAGAUGGUUCAGGACAGACUGAGGAAGAUGGAUGAGAUCAAACACUCAGUGGAGCUCAGCAGAAUAAGUGCUGAAAAAGAAAUUGAGGGCAGUGUACUAGUCUUUAGCGAACUGGUGUGCUCCAUCGAGAGAAGCCAGGCUGAGCUCAUCGAGGUGAUUGAGGAGAAGCAGAAAGCAGCAGAGAGGCGCGCUGAAGGGCUCAUCAAUGAGCUGGAGCGGGAAAUCAUUGAACUACAGAGAAGAAGCACUGAGCUGGAGCAGCUCUCACACACAGAGGACCAUCUCCACUUCCUACAGAGUUUUCCCUCUCUCUCCACUCCUCCACCCACCAAGGACUGGUCUGAGAUCAGUGUAUACUCCGAUCUAUGUGUGGACACUGUGAGGGCUGCUAUGUCUCAGCUUGUGGACACCUGCAGAGACUUCGAAAAGAGAUUAUGUGAAGCGGAGCUGAGGAGAACCCAGAAAUAUGCAGUGGACGUCACUCUGGAUCCAGUCACAGCCGCCUCGUGGCUCGUCCUGUCCUCCGAUGGGAAGCAGGUGAGUCUGGGAUACCAGCAGAACCACUCCCUUCCUGCUGACCCUCGGAGGUUUGACUCCUGCGUCUGUGUGCUGGGAAAGCAAGGCUUUGCCACCGGGAGGCGCUACUGGGUAGUCCAGGUGGGCGACAAGACAGACUGGGAUGUGGGCGUGGCUAAAGAGUCUGUCAACAGGAAGGGGAGUGUCACGGUGAGGCCGGACCAAGGCUACUGGGCUGUGUGCCGGAGGAAAGGCAGCCAUCUUAGCGCGUGCGCCGGGCCAUCUGUCCCCCUUCACCUGAGAAAGAAGCCGCGGAAGGUUGGGGUGUUUGUGGAUUUCGAGGAGGGAUUGGUCUCCUUUUACAACAUGGAGGCGAAGGCUCAUAUUUAUAGUUACAGGGGAUGCGGCUUCACUGAGACACUGUAUCCGUAUUUUAACCCCUGUCUCCAUGACGACGGGAAGAACACCGCCCCAUUGGUUAUCUGUUCUGUGGAAGGGGAGGCGGGGCCUAUACAGGAAAUUGUGAGGUCUAAGGUCCCGCCCGCGGCCCUGGCGCUGGCUGGGAGGAGCCGUCAAUCAUCUGUUGGCUCUGUUUCGCUACACUUCUGAGACUGUUAUCUGACAGUUGACUUUGAGAGAUACUUCUGAAAAAUACUACCUGCGUUGAUGGACAGAACCAAUCAUGCAUAUCUAAGAUCAAUCAGAACUUGGCAAUGACAUAAGCAUAAAAGUUAAAUGAUGAUUUUGUAUCCAGAUUUGGUAGAAUUGAUUCUUAUAUUUCAUAGCUUAAUGUGCAACAGGUGUAACUAAAAAUCACCUUGAGAUUGUUUUCUUACUAGCUUUCUACAUUUUGAGGAGAAAGAAAGAAAGGAUAUGAGAGGAUAGAGAGAAAAGGGAAGAGAGGGAGGAGUUUGGAACAGGUAGGAAAAAAAGCAAACAGACAUUGUAUGUGAUGCUCGUGAUACGAUUACACGUCGGUUUGAACACCGGGGUUCCCUGAGAGAGAAAGAGGGCAGGGUUAGAAAGGAGGGAGAGAGAUAUGAAAGAGGGCAGGGUUAGAGAGAGGGAAACGAGAGUGAGGAAAGGAGGGAGAGAGGUGUGAGAGAGCGAGAGGUUGGGGGGUAGAGAGCAUGUGAGAGUGAGAGAAUGCGAGACAGGGAGGGAAAAGUGAGAGAAAAGGAACAGAAAAAGGAGUAACUUCCUCAUUGCUACAUGAAAACAUAGAAAUACAGUUAUUGCAAAGGGUCAAGGUUGGGGAGGACCACCUGACCACACGACUCCACAGCUCCCAACUGACAGAGAGACAGAGAGAGAUGCAUACCUGUUCAUUUGGAAAACUCAGACGUGUGUUACUAAUCUGGUAACACAGGUUGGGGACCUGGACAAACUUGGCUGCAAGAGGGGUUGGAUCAAAGCCACAGCCCAAAGGUGGGUUCCAAGGGAUCGGGCAUCUACCAUCCACUAUUCAGAUUCAGUAGGUUUGGAUCAAUUGACCCUGGAAGGAUUUAAACUGUGAUUUAGCGGAUUACUGUGUGGUUGAGACAAGAAGACUGCGAAGACAGACAUUGGUUCACUGGAAUUUGUCAUAUCUUCACAAAGGAUAGUUUUUUUACUGAAACUGUGUGUGGAAACUGACAUUUUCAAUUGUGAAAACAGAUAAACUAACAUCCCCAGAACACCCAAGAGUUCACAACCAUUUCAGACAAUAUGCCCUGCCUUCCGCUUCCUUGUUCAUCUUUGCCCCGUCCCAUAAUGUCCGUAAGCCCCACCUUGUUCCUUGGACUAAUUCUGUUCCUCCAAUUUGGUCCCCCGGGGGCCAGGGCUCAGAAUGACACUGAGCCAAUCGUGUUGGAGGGGAAGUGCCUGGUGGUUUGUGACUCCACCCCCUCAUCGGAACCGUCGGGUAACGCUCUGGGGAUGUCGGUGCGGUCGGGGACUGGUCGAGUGGCGUUUUCCGCUGUCAGGAACACCAACCACGAACCCUCGGAGAUGAGCAACCGUACUAUGACCAUAUAUUUUGACCAGAUCCUUGUGAAUGUGGGCAGCCAUUUUGAUCCAGCACGGAGCAUCUUCGUGGCGCCUAGAACAGGAGUCUAUAGUUUCUGUUUCAACGUGGUCAAGGUCUAUAACCGACAGACCAUUCAGGUG